AUGAAGACUCAUACCCACUACGAGCGCUCAAGCUCACCUUGGAAUCGGACAGUCAUCAUAUGGCUAUGGUCUUUCCAAGUCAUCGGCUCCAUCAUCGUCACUGCCUUCGCUGCAGCUCUCCUGGACCGGAGGGAUGGUCUCCAACAGCGCUGGGAUGAUGGCUUAGCAGAUGCUUUGUUCUUGAUAACUUCCUUCCUGGUCUUCUCGUUCACAGUCAUCAAUGUCAUCUUUACCGUCCCAGCUUGCAUUCACUACAAAAAGAACUCUCUCUCCCCUAUGUGGAUGAUGAUUGGCUCUGUCUGGAUGGCUCUCUUCUGGUUGGUAGCCAUCGCAAUGUCUGCGUGGGCCAUUGCAUGGAGUGCACCAACCUUCGAAGUAUACGAGGUCUCGUGCUUGCUUAACAUGCUCGCUGGGUUCCCAUAUAUUGGAGGCCUGAUCUACUACAGUGUUGUCUACGACCGCUGGAGGAGAGCUCACAAGGGCAAAUCCGAUGUUAAUCCCACGAAUGAAAGGCAUAGCCUGGACAGCAGAAAGCCCCUUGCCCAAGACCAGGGAAUUUGCGAAGAAUAG